AUGCCAGAUCCUGCUUUUGAAAAGAGUUGCACGAUUGGAUCGAGUAUUGGUGCCAUGGUUUUCAUUCUAAUUCCUUACUGGGUUGCUCCUUAUUUGAUUGCAGCAGGUUAUACGACUGCUCCGCCAACUGUUGUCAUGGCGAUCUGUGUGUUAAUGCACAAUUUGGGAGUGGCAAUCAUGAUGGUGUCAGAUGCUCAGAAAUACUACACUCUACAGUAUAAGAAGGGACUGAUCAUGGAUGGAAUGUACAAAUACAUUCGAAGUCCUAAUUACCUCGGUGAAGUUCUUAUUUAUUCUUCAUACGCUCUCCUGUCCAAUCAUUGGCUCCCGUGGAUAAUUCUGUUCUAUGUAUGGGGAACGGUGUUUGCCACCCGCAUCAUAACCAAAGAAAAGCGAAUGGAGCGUCAUCCGGAGUGGGAAGAGUAUAAAAAGCGAACUAACACGAUCUUACCGAUUCGUUUUUUCAUGCACUUUUUUGAAAAGAGUAAAUCUGACUCUUGUGUUUGUUGA